AUGUUACAUGCAAUCAAAACAGAUCUCCACUUAUUACUUGAGUGUCUGAAGUACCAGAUGAAAUGUCCAGACUCACAGAAACAAGCUCUACUUACUAUAGUUUCAAUCUGUCAACAGAAUGAGCACAACAUAGAGUUUUUCAAAGAAAUAGGAGGUGUGAGGUUCAUUUAUAACCUCUCCAGGUCUAGCCAUUACUCUGAGGUUAAAGAGACAGCUCUUUUCUCACUUGGGUCCUUGGCUGAAUUUAAUGAGAGCUGUAAACAGGCCCUCUGUAGGGAGGAGACAUUCUGUGACUUGGCACAGUGCAUGAAACACGAAGUGUACCACACGCAGAAGAGAGUGGCAGUAUAUAUGCUCUGUGUAUUGGUUUCCAACAACAGACGGGGGCAAGUCCUUGCAAAGGCAUCUGGAUGCAUUGAUAUUUUACUCACGUUAUUCAGGGACAGCUUUCCAGUCUCUGAUGGGCCUAAUGAACUGCUCCCACUGUGGGCUUCAGUGUCCAGUGCUCUUUGUGGCUGUGUCAACAACCCUCAGAAUGAGGAAAACCAGAAUGCAUGCAUGUGCAUGCUUCCCCGAGUAAAAACGUGGCUGCAGCAGGUAUCUGUAUCCAAGGCAGAGUUGGUACAACCCAUCUGCUCUUUCAUUGGCAUGGCUGUGGCCAAUAACACAUGUGUUCAGGAGUAUUUUGCAUCGGUUGGAGGACUGUUUACGCUCACUGACACUUUAGCAAGUGUGGCGCCUCAGUGCAAAGACAGUCCUGUGGCGUGUAAAAUUGCUGUUAUGAUCACCAGAACACUUUCUGCCUGCAUUGCAGACAAUGAAGCUUUAGCACCUGUUGUGUCUAAGCUGCGGGUGGUACCAGACCUCCUCCUGCUGCUGUCCAGCCCAAAUCUUUGUCCACGAGACCAGCUGGCAGUGGUGUUGACGCUUGGACACUGUACUGAUGCAUGUGUGGAGCAUCAGUCAGAGUUAAUGCUUGGUGGAGGACUGCCUCUGAUGAUCUCUCUACUGACAGAUGCGAAUGAUGAGGAAGUCAGAAAAGCAGCUAUUUUUGUGCUACAAACCUGUAAAAAGAUCACGGAGACACUGGGCGGUGAUGUAUUGGGUCAGAGCGAGGAGUGUGACUUGCAGAGACACUGGCAGUCAGCCCGGGAAAUACUACAGAGAAUCCAGCGCCUUGAAAAACGACAACUGGUUUGUCGAUAGGAAAAGCAGUUGGUAAAGGAUACAGAAAAUUCCCCACCUCGGCACACACAGCCAGUUUUGUUAAGGCCUGCGGAAUGCAGAGAGGAGUUGUGGGAGGGCUUAGUGGUGCGAAAGGUGAAAGGUCAAAACUGGGUAUAUGAAGAGGAGUUGGACAGAGAGAACAUUAUGCACAUGACCCCUACACAAACUCAGGUUCAGCCAGUCACAACCCAGAGAAUGAAAAACCUUGAGCCAAUGCCUCAUGUUCGGAGACAGAUCUUUAGAGACUUUAAUAAGUCAGUAAAUCCUUCCCAAAUAAGAGAGGAACCAGAGGAGAGAGAGAAUAAUAAAAAGAGGGAGGUAACAGAAAAAAGUGAACUACAAAUGAGAAGAGAGGAGAUGAAAAACAGAGAUGUUGAGAAAAUGGAUAUAGAUGAAAGAGAAGAGAUAGUAAAAAUGAAAGCACACCUCAGGCGAAGGACAGACACUAUUGACUGGACUAAUGGAAAUGCAGACAAAGCCACUUGCAGCAAGCCACCAGCAGAAGGCGACAGAGACAUGCAACGCCCAGAUAUUUUCAGACAUCCUGCUCCCAUGAAGCGACGCCAACAGAGACAGUCUCCCUCUGAUGAUGAGCUGUCUCUGUGCUCCGAGAUAUUGGAGAGUGAGAUUGAGAGGAUCCUCAUCACUUCAGAUGUAUCCAAACCCAGCAAGCUACGCUGCGUAGGAUGUGUGAGUGGAGUGGAUGAGGUGAACAGCCAUUCUAUUGGUACUAUGCUGCGUAGCUGCAGUUGCCUUUGCGAGUUUCACCAGGUGUUGCAGCAGGCAGAGGACCGCUUCAAGAGAAGCCUGAAACAUGAGCAUUCCAUGCACACAGUCAUAAAUCUCACCCCACUGAAGAGGCCAUGUGAAGCAGAGGGCUCACACAUGGAAAAGAGAAACGUUUCCAGUCUUCAGUAUAAAACAAGCCUUGGGCAUAGCAAAGAGACUUUAUCAGGCAGUCAAAAGAUAAGGAAGAACUAUUCUGCAGAUGAGCUGGUUUUCCUUAAUGAAGGUGUGAGGCGUUUUGGUAACUCCUGGAACUCCAUACUUUGGGCUUACCCCUUCCAGAAUGGACGCUCUAACAUAGAUCUGGCCAAGAAAUAUAGAAAGCUAAAGCAGGGCUUAGCUCAGGCACCAGACCAUCUCACACUGGAUUCUGCUGAACAAAGAGUUCUUUAA